AUGAUCAAGUUUAAGAUUGGGAAGUAUAAAGAUGAGGUUUUAUGUGAUAUGGUCCCAAUGCAAGCUUGUCUGCUACUCGGGAGGCCUUGGCAACAUGAUCGUUCAACCAAACAUGAUGGGAGAACCAACACGUAUUCACUUGUGUUGAAUGAUCAUAAGUAUGUUCUUCACCCUAUGUCACCCUCUCAAGUCAAUGAUGUAUAUCAAAGGAUGAGUGAGUCGAGGGAGAAGAAAAGGUGUGAAGAGGAACAUGUGGAGGCUGAGAGCCAAGAAGAGGAGGAAGUUGAAAGGAAAGGCCCAAGUAUUGAUUAUGAUUAUGUCUUCCCAAAGGAGCUUCCAAGUGGAUUGCCCUCUCUUCGGGGAAUCGAGCACCAAAUUGAUUUUGUGCCGGGAUCACAAUUGCCAAACAAGCCGGCUUAUCGAAGCAAUUCGGAGGACACCAAGGAGCUACAAAUACAAGUUGAGGAACUCCUCAACAAAGAUUUCGAUUUUGGGGUUGUUGCUGAGAUCGCAGCCACCAACAUUAUAGAUGAGCUUGUAGAAGUUUCUGAGGUAAACAUCAUUACCUCUUCCACUGAUCCUGAAUUGACAGAUGGAGAAACUGAGGAGGAAAGCAAUGUUAAAGUGUGA